CUGCGUGAAUGGAAUGUAAAUGUACACUGAAGCAUUAACAAAUUAGUUCACUUACAAAGUUAAAUCGGUAGAAUGGACGGAUUUAUUUAUUGAUAAUCCCUGCUCUCAGUGCUCGAAAGCUAUAUAAGCGUGAUUGCCAUGCAGAACACUGACGAAUCAGCAAGAUAUAUGUGACGAAACUCCAUAAACAAAUCAGCGUGCAGCUCGAGAAGAACCUGAUAUGCGGUAAACUAACUAUUAUGCGCCAGUGGCCACGGAGCCCGCCGGAAACCCUAAAACCAUGUGGUCCAGCUGCCGCAUCCACGUCGCGCUGCUCAUCCUGGCAGUGCUGGCGUGCCCAACUAGCAGUCAACAAGUUCCUCUGGCCAUAGCCAACUCAACUAGCAACCAAGUGCCUACCGAUCCUGGCUUCAUGCCCCUCCAGCAAUCGCCAGCAAGCGUCUUCUUUGUAAACCACAACCAGCAAAAUGCCAUGCAGCUGCGGCACAGCAUGGAGGGCAAGCUGCGAAAUAUUCGCAAUAUGGAGAUGAGGGUAGCCAAGAUCCAGGAAAUAUUCGACUCCCUACACUUUACAAGAGUCAACGCAGCCCCGCCCACUCGCCAAGUUUCGAGCAACCAAAGCAACCCGGUGAAUCCCCUGCUGCAGCGAGAUUUGCUAUUUUUCAGCAGCCGCCUGAGCAAGAAACUGCAAAAGGCCACCCACGUAGUUCUGGAACUGCGAGAGCUCUUUCGUUACAAUCUCAGCAAGGUCUGGCAAUACAGCUACGACGACGAAGAUGAGGAGUCAGAGAGCGAACUGGACCUGGAGAUGGAGUUAGAAGAUCUGCAUUCCAGGAACACGGCUUCACCAUCAACCGAGCAAAUGCAACUCUACCUAAACAGCCAAAUAGAGAACUGCCAGCCUGACUACGAUACGGACUUGGAGUUCGGUUCGUCACCAGCUCAAUCAAUUCACUACAACAAGCAACAGAUCCAAAUCCUAAAUUAUCUCAAAUCGGAUGAUGCUCGAGCUACUUUCUUAAAUGAGAAUAAUGGACGUUCCUUGGCUGUUAAUGGCUAUAUAUCGGAUCAACUGGUUCUACUUAGGCGCAGGCUCAGUCGAAGCGAUACGGAAAACUCGAAUAGCAAGCCCAGCAGCGGCAACCACUUUAAACAUAUCUAUUUCCUAUCGAAUUCAGAUGGAGCCUCCGCUAGCCUGCAUUUUCGUCAGCUUUACGUAUCGGCAAUUAAGCAUAAAUUUGUGCUCUUCCUCAUCGAUGUCGGAUCGGCUCUGAACACAGAGUUGUUUGAUCUUACAAAAAGCUUUGUUCAUGAAAUGCUCCAACUGCUAGAGGAUACGGAUAAAGUUUCUCUGGUAACAGUUUCGAGUGAGGCGAACUUCAUGGCCCUGGAUUCCUUUCCCUCAGAAGCUGGGCACGGGAUCUACAGUGCGACUCGUGCUCAUAAAGAGGAAAUAUUCAGCUACAUCAACAACUUGAGUCGGGCACAAACUCUUACGAAUCACUCAUUAGGGUUUGAGUACUCCUUCGAGUUACUACAUCGAUUGCAGCAAUCGGGAAUGAUUAACACGGCGGAGCAACCAGUGGAAUUUGUGUACGUCACACGCGGUUUACUGACAAAUUUGUCUGAUGCCAUGGCAGUUCUGAGAGUUGUGGCCGAUGGUCAACAAAAGCUCAGGGCCCCUGUGAUCAUAAACACAUGCGCAGUCGUGCUCGAUGAAAAGAGGAUUAUGUAUGAAAAGCAAUUCCUUAACGAUGUAGCCUCCCAGAACUACACAAAAUACGAGAUCGAUGUCUCCAAUUGGUGGCCCAUCGGAAAGACAGCAUCUCAGCUGGCUGGACGCUUCUUUGUGCUCAGCAAAAUGCAUGCGGAGACUUCGCUACCGCAAACGAGUUCAAAGAUAUUUGCACAGCUCUUUCAAGAACGAUAUUUGAGCGAUACGCUAGAAGUGCAUUCCCCAGUAGUGGACGCAGACAGUGGAGAUGUUCUUGUCUCUAUCACUCACGCUGUUCCUCCCUAUGGCGUUGUGGGCGUAAACUUGUACCUGUCGGAUCUGCUCGAGGAUCUGCUUAACUAUCCCAGUGCUGUACCCAAUGCUAAGCAGGGCACAGGGUAUGCCUUUCUACUCGAUCGCUCAUCAGGAAACACACUAGCUCAUCCAGCCUUCCCACGGCCGCUUAUUCAACGUGAGACCUCGUAUCCCGUAAACAUCGUUUACCUGGAAAACGCAACGGACUUUUCCACUCUCAUACGAGACCGCUUACUACACGAGGAAAACGGUAAUGCCACCACGGAUGUCUAUGUGGGCAGACAGCGUUUCCAGCGAACGUACCACUGGCAAUCCGUCCUGGGAUUUUAUGUGCUAUGCCUGGUCAGCAAUGGAGGUGAUUCCCUUCGCAAUAUUUCCUCCUCGCAACGAUAUAACCUUAAGGACACAGUGCCCAACUAUCAGCCAGCAUUCUAUGGCGAGAGCAUGGACUUGCUUUACCAUCGCUUGGACCUUAAUCAGGGCGGCAGUGUCCCGCCAAAAACCUGUCGCUACUUCAGACAAAUGGCCACCAUGGAUGCUCCAACUUUGUUCCUAAGCGCUGGCGCGUUCGAGUCUCCGUUCGGAUUCCUUCACAACAAUAGGCCUCGCACACAGCUGCGACAUGUAGAGUCCAUAAUGGCAUAUCUUCGUGACUCCAGUGGCCUGUUGGCUAAUAUGGGCCUGCGACCCAGUAUUCGACACGAGGUGAGUAUUUUGUAUCAGGCGAUGCAGCAGUUGCGACGCCGUCACCAGGAUGCAAGAGGAUCAUUGCGCAACCACAUCAUUCGUCGGUACGUGGCCAGUGUGACUGGAGUCUUACAAUUGUAUCCAGGUUGCUUGCUAAGCAGCAGCUACGAUCCAACAAGGAGGCCUUGGUUUCGGCAGGCAAUGGCGCAACCAGGCAAGAUUGUAAGCACAGCCCCGUAUCUUGAUGCGGGAGGAGCGGGAUACAUUAUAACCAUUGCGCACACCAUCUUUGAGGGCAAGGCCCAUGCUCUGCACUCUGCUCAACAGGACAGACCUGUGGCAGUGGUGGCCCUGGAUGUUCCAUAUGCCUUCUAUUACCGCCUCAUCAUAGAUGGCACUCCGAUCUGUCAGCUUCCGCAUAUGAAGUGUCUGCUGUUCGAGCACGAGGGAUAUCUGCUGGCCCAUCCGAGCAUGCUCCAACCCGCUACACUCACGAGAAAUCAACGGCGCCCACACGAACAUCUCACGCACAAGGAAUCCUACUUGGCGAAUGACGUGCUUAAUCAUGGCCAGUUGGUAAGAAAACUGGGAUGCGCCAGUUAUCAGAACCGUACUCUGCAGCGUUACUACGCAUUCAACACAUCUCUCUCCACCAUCCUGGGAAAUGUGGUGCAUGGCGAGCGAACCAAGUACGCUAUUGCCUUAAUCCGGGGUAGCAAUCUCUUCGCCGCCGUUCUUAACUCAAGUUGCGAUGGCGGUGCCUUCUGCCCAUGCAGCACCAUUGACCGUGAGUGCCUCAACUGCAAACGGAUGGAUCAAACAGACUGCGAGUGUCCAUGUGAAUGCCCUAUGGUGGGAGACAGUACCUCGCCAUCCGCUCUUGCAUACUUUGCCAAUUACACGCAACAAUUCCCGUACUGUCCACCACCGAGUGAGCACUUCAUUGCACUUCCACCGACCGCACAACUUCUUAGUGCCCUGCCCAGUUGUCCGGGAUCUGCUGGUACGUGCGAAACUUACUCUACUCAGAGGGAAUGCCUCGGAGUGAUGGGCUGCGAAUGGUGUCAGCAGGAUGUAGACGGUAAUAGCUUUUCAAAUGCAUUUUGUUCGUCGCAGGCGGGCUGCUUUAACGGUGUGCUUGCCUCCUUGACGCCUUACGGAGAACUAGAUGAAAUGGAACUGCUAGCUGCUCAUAAUCCGCAGAGGGAGCAACACGCCUACUCAGCAUUUGGACCAUUGGGAGGAGCCAUUGUGGUUCUUGUCAUGGUGAUAGGGUUCGCCAUCUACUGCUACAGGCACAAUCUGGAUGCCCAAACGCAGGAACAGUUCUAUGUGGACUCGGUGCAGGAAGAAAAUUAUGGGCUGCCGCUGUCUAGAUUCAAUUUUGACGAUUGCAAAGCGCACGAUGAACCUCCUAUAGGUGGCGGUUAUGACCAUGCAUCUGCACAACGGCACCUCAUGCAUGCGGCGGAUAUAUCGCCCUAUCACGUAUCCAGCGGUAGUAGCUACCGCCGACCUCCAAACGGGGAGUCCGACCAUGGCUACAGCACCAUGACGCCACAUGAGGACAGCUCCGACCAGCAGUGUUUCACGCUUGCAGAACCUUUGCUGUUGCAUGACAAGCGGCACAGCAAAUCGGACACCAUGUCCAUAUCCACCUCCAUAUCGAGUCCCACGAAUCGCCAGCAGUCCUCCACCCAGCCCAACACGCAUCCAUACUUGAGCAAUCAGCCGACGUCAAAGACGGAACGCUACAAGCAGGUGCAGGCCACGCCCUCCCCUUGUCGCGGACCGCCAACAGGUGUUGGAGGUGUCUACGGACAGACAACGUUGCCCCUCGAGGGGGAUGAGUCCCGACCACACUACAUCCUCGCUCCAGUGACGGUGCACCGGCAUAUGGAAACUGCCGAAUCGUAGUCCACAUAGUUUUGUUAAGUUUUAGAGCGUAAGAUGUCCGCUUGUUUGCCAAUUUAGUUGAGUAAGUUUUCAAAUGGGCAGUUCAACUGCCGCCAGUCCAGAAUGAUGGGUCCGCAUUCCAGACUUGCUAGGGGCUUAGUGAGCUCGCUAUGGACUCCAGUUCUGGCCCAUCUGUAUCUAUUAGAGCCUCUAAGUACGAGUCUAACACCAACUAUUAAGUGAUGACAUUGUUUCUGCCAUUUUUGAUCGAUGUAUUGUAUUGUAUUUUACUGUAAUUUAUUGCAAAAAGUAUUACUAUAUUAUGUGCAGCUAUAUACUUCCGAUAAUUAUAGCAUUUAUUUUAUAAGCACCAACAACAUUAAUGUACUUACUUGUCUGAUUGUAAGAUACCAUGUCGUAUACCGUUUUUUGUAAUAGAUCCUAAGCCCACAAAGUUACUUACUACCGAUUUUAGUAAUACACAUCUAUAAUAGCAUUGUACGUUUCAAAUAAAAUGUUUAAAUUUUGCAAAAA